UUUUACAAGGCAUUCCGCGCCAAACCUCCGCGCGCGACGCACGUGUCGCGACGACGCUUGGAGUGCCCGCGCGAUCGAUCUAGUGCUAGUGGAUAAUUUUCAAUUACCCUCAAACAUUGUGCGAUGUGCUAUGGAGCUUGGUCUGUUGUGAUCGCCCCUGACCAGGGCUAAGUGAGAUUUCAGUAUCAGGAAGUCCUCAUCAGGUGUCGGCAUGCUGAAACACGUCGCGGUGUCACCUCACCGCGCGCGCGCAGACUCCGUGAGCCUCGCCUCCUCAGCAUCUUGCUGUAGUCUGGGCAGCCUCGACCAGCGACACGACUCCGUGGCUGACCUCUCUCAGCGAACGACGACAAUUAAAGUGUACGCGCGUUGCCUCCGCCCGGACAUAGAGUACAAGACCCUGUCUGUCACUUGGGGCACCACGGCGCGCGAGGUCGUCGGCACCCUCCUGGGGAAGUUCAGAAUGAAGCACCGAGACCCCAGGCUGUUUUACCUGAGCAUGGAGGUCCGGGUGAGGGCGGCCGGGCUCAGGACCGAGCUGGUUCUGGACGACGACGCUAGGCCGGCUGCGUUGCAGGCGUGUCAUCCAAAAGGAUACUCCAAGUUCUCAUUACGCAUGCGCCCUGGUGGUCUCGUCAAGAUCUACGACUCAGCUCUGAUGUCGUCUUCUCAGUACAAGUGUCUGCUCACCAGCGAGAGGACCACGGUGGACGAGCUGCUGGCCAUCCUGCUGCACUGCUAUGACUCCACUGAAGGGGUCGAGAGGUUCUCACUCUAUGAGGUGUGUCCAUCUCUAGAAAGCGAGAGGAAACUACAUCCCGACGACCUGCCGCUUCUGGUUCAACAGGCGUGGCCGCCCGACUCCAACUGUCACUUCCGAGUGCGCAGGAACCCCCGAGCACCCCCGCUGCCGCCCCGGACCCUCCCCCCUCUUGAAGCCCCCUCAAGUGAAGACGAAGAACCGUCGCGCGCACUCUCCGCUCUUUCACUCGAAGACGCAGAGAAAAAAAGAUACAGCCCCGUAUACAAAUUUCCCAGCAUAACAUAUUGCAAGGAAUCGAAAAAUGACUAUCUAUAUAUCUGACUAACCGACAAUUUAGUUAGGUGCGCGCAAAUCAUGAGGAUCCUCAAAGGUUGCAGGUCACGCAGGGCCCGGACAGUGAGAAGACUUUUGUGUGUUGUAAAUAAAAGUGUAGUUUAGUAUAAAGUGUAAAUAAAUGGACGAUAAUAGACGCUAAUAACACGGGACGGACGAUAAUCUCUUACGAAGUGCGAAACCAAAGAGAUAAUGCAAUAAACUUGUAACAACGUAUGUUAGAAUAACAUGGGAAAUUAACACUUAUUGUAAAUUACGAAGGUUCAGUUUUGUACGGAAUGCUUGGUACUGUUGAGGUGAAAAACAUGGUAACUACCCAGUUUUUUUUUAAUGUGUAAUAUUUCAUUUAAAUACAAAUGUAAUACUUGUUGGUCUGUAGUUGGUCUCAUAUUUUGAUGAAGAAUAAAAAUCAAAUAAUCAUAAAUAAGAAAAAAAAUUUUUGAAUACUUUAAUGGAAUGUGUAAAAGAAAGCGGAAUAUUAUCUUAAAGAAACGGUUCUAAGACUAUCUGUCAACUAGCGCAUAUUUUAAUAGCUAAUCAGUAAAAUAUUGUGUUCUGACACUGAUCAUACCAGCGUUAUAGCAUAUUAAGUAUAUGGGUACUUACCUACUUCAUCAGAAGAUUAGUUAAUAAGUAAAUAUUCGCAUUGAAACUUCUUCUUCUGUCUGCCGGCUUCUCCCUAGGACUGUUGCAACAGGAAGAAGACAGGAGUACUACAAUGACCCAUAUAUUUUUGUUAAUAAAAUUCUUAUUCUUUACAUCAAAUAUGCUUAGCAACCCAGUAAUUAAUUAGAUAAUAUUAACAAUAGAGUAUUCAAGUUUCUAGUCUUCUUAGUGUUUCACCUCACUUCUUAUACUUAUCAGAUUUUAUUAAAUUUCUGUACGUCUAACUCGAACCAUAAUGAAUUGUAUAUAAAUUAAUUUAGUGUUAUUUAGCUAGUAGACACCAAAGAGGCAAGCGAAAGAAAAUUAUAUAAAUUAGAUUUAUUUAUCUGUUAUGUAUUGUAAUGUUUAACUUAUUUAUGUGGUGGGGCAAGGACCCCGAAUCGCUUGGAAUGUUACUUCAUCGAAUUUACUUCAGACUAUGCCUGUAAUAAAC